UCACCCUCUUACAUACACUCUUUAGAAGAAGUCUCAUCGUCUUCGUUGUUUGCGAUCCUUGUGAUUUGGCUAAGGAAAAGGAAUCUUUAUUUUUAGUGAAUCGACCGGAUCCAAUCUAAGAAAAAAAAAUGGGAGGAGCUGGAGGAGAAGGUGGCGAUUUCAGAGCCAAGGUAUGGAGUAUGUCUGGUGGGCCUUACUGUAGGCCCAAGCACUGGCGUCGGAACACCGCCUUUGCAAUGCUCGGCGUUUUCCUUGUCUGCAUCCCCAUUGCCAUGAAGUCUGCCGAGCUCGAGCAAAGGCCGCACAUGCCCGUACGCCCAAUUCCUUCACAGAUUUGGUGCAAGAACUUUGGAACCAAGGACGAUUACGAAAAAGAGCAUUAAAAUGCGUUUUCCUUGCUUUUGAGACAAAACUCUUUUGAUUGGUCUCUUAUUUUGCAGACGACAAUGUGAGCCCCUUCUAGAUGAUCCUUCACACUAUUGUGACCAUAAUAAUACUCUUGUCUUUGCCUUGCCAUGUUAGAACAACACAUGGAAUCUUCCCAUAUUAAGACACUUCAUGUUUUUUCCAUAAACCCAAUUUGAUCAGGAUCAGGUUUUAUCCAUGGGUUUUCGAACAUCGUUACGCGAUUUACUUUUAACCAAUUUUCG